AUGGGAGAACUUUGGGAGCUGUCGCUCCCGGCCUGGAGUCCAGUUUGGGAGGCUGUUCAGGGGCUUCGGAGCUUUGCUUUGCACCAGUUGCUGGUCUGGGAAUGCUGUCGGUUUUUUGGAGACAAUGGCUUGACUUUGAAGGUGUUUUUUACCAAGGCAGCACCCUUUGGUGUUCUUUGGACACUCACAAACUACCUAUACUUACAUGCAAUAAAGAAAAUAAACACUACGGAUGUCUCCGUGUUGUUCUGCUGCAACAAAGCUUUUGUGUUCUUGCUUUCAUGGAUCGUGCUCAGGGACAGGUUCAUGGGAGUGAGGAUUGUGGCCGCCAUCCUCGCCAUUGCUGGUAUUGUGAUGAUGACCUAUGCGGAUGGGUUCCACAGUCACUCGGUGAUCGGCAUAGCACUGGUGGUAGGAUCAGCAUCCAUGUCUGCCCUCUAUAAGGUGUUAUUUAAGCUUCUCCUUGGCAGUGCUAAAUUUGGAGAAGCAGCCUUAUUUUUGUCCAUUCUGGGUGUGUUUAACAUCCUUUUCAUCACCUGUAUUCCUGUCGUUCUCUACUUCACUAAAGUGGAAUACUGGAGCUCUUUGGAUGACAUUCCAUGGGGAAACCUUUGUGGAUUUUCAGUUCUCUUAUUGACAUUCAAUAUUAUAUUAAAUUUUGGAAUUGCUGUUACAUAUCCUACGCUGAUGUCUCUUGGAAUCGUCCUCAGUGUACUUGUAAAUGCAGUGGUUGAUCACUACACAAGUAAGAUCGUCUUUAACGGAGUGCGCGUAAUUGCCAUCAUCAUUAUCGGCCUGGGCUUCCUUCUCCUGCUGUUGCCUGAGGAGUGGGAUGUCUGGCUAAUUAAACUGCUCACCCACCGCAAAAUGAGGAAUAAGGAGGAGACGGCAGAGGGCAGCACGGAUCUGGGCUCAGGACUCCAGAGCAAGAAUCGAAGAACUCACCCUUCUUUUGCCCGAUAAUAUCAUCUCUCUAGAAGUAUGUAGUGAUUUCAUUAUGAUAACAAUUUGGAAGCCUUUUCCUGACAAGAGGAGCCUGAGUGUGUGAGGUGUACAUACCUGUACAGUUUUGGUAAUUUGCAGUAAGUUAUAUGGUAUUUAUUGGCAUGUCCAAUUUGCUUGCACUUUAUCCACAUCAGACCUUUCACUUAAGGGUACCACUUCAACAUGAGAGAGAGAAAAAGAGCCUCUUAGCUCUUUACAAAUGAUGCAAAGUGUGUUUGAAUUAUCCUUGCAUAGAUUGUUUUGGAUUACAAAUAUUCCUGACAAGCCAGAGCAAAUGUUUGGAAUCUUAGUGACUGGGGAUUACAUUGCACACUGUGAUUAUUUUUCAGCUGAGGUAGGUCCUACUUCGCUUUAUACCAGAGCUGUACUCUUAAUUUCAAAGAAUUUCAUAGUACCAAAAGACAACUAACUGUAAAUUAACGUGGAGGGAUGGAUAGUAUGGAUAGAACACCAAAACCAUCUAAUAUGGUGAAUGUAGAGAUGACAUUGGAAGAAAGUCUUGUACCAGGGAAUAGGAAGGGAAUGAUUAGUCAAGCCCCCUCUGGCUUGCACCCAGGUGUCUGGGUAAGAUCAUGCAAGAGAAAUUACAGUGCCUUCUACAGAAUUUUUUCUUUACUUAUGUGACGCGAGGUGACAUUAUAAGUCACUGGCUCUGUCUUAUAAUUUAGGCAUAGAAAUCUCAAGAAACAAAUAAAAAACAUGUGUACAAAAAUGACAAACCCGAUGACCCUUUUAUGUGGAACAUUGUUACAUGAUGUAUAAUCUGCAGGUAGGUAGACUAUGUAAAGGGUGAAUUGCUGGUUGCUUUUACUUCAUGGUCAAAAUGAAAGAAAAAAUUAUCUACUCUAUCUGUAAAUCUUUUUAUGAAACUUUUAAGCACCAGGCUAUUUACUUACACAAUUUAGUUUUACCAGAAAAUUCUGUGAUAUAUCUGUAAAGAGGGACCAGAGGGUUAGAGUUUACUAUUUUUGAAGUUUACAUUAUUACAUACAAAUUGGAGACUUUAUUUUGAAAUGUUGCCAUAAUCCAAUGGUACAUCUGUAACCAUGGAGUCUUUUGUUUCAUAGAGGAACUGGGCAUUCAUGACCUGAACUUUUUAGCAAAUUAUUAUUCUCAAAUUCCAUUUCUUGUUUGGCCAAACAGUUAAUAAAAUCUUUCAAAA